AAAAAGCCCAACAAAAUAACAAUCAAUGGAUAAUGGGUCAAUUCAACAACAAUUUUCGCUCAGAGAGAAUAGAGAAACAGAAUUAUAGUUAACAAGGUUUUUAUCGAAUCGGUAAUUGAAAGAUGAGGCCGAUAUUGAUGAAAGGGCAUGAGAGGCCACUUACUUUUCUCAAGUAUAAUAGAGACGGCGAUCUGCUUUUCUCCUGCGCCAAGGACCACAAUCCCACCCUCUGGUUCGCCGAUAAUGGCGAACGUCUCGGCACCUACCGUGGCCAUAACGGCGCCGUUUGGUCCUGCGAUAUUUCCAGGGAUUCGACAACACUAAUAACUGGAAGUGCAGACCAGACUGCAAAGAUAUGGGAUGUGAAAACAGGAACUCCACUUUUUACAUUUAAUUUUGAUUCACCAGCUAGGUCUGUUGAUUUUGCUGUUGGUGAUAAGCUUGUAGUCAUAACUACAGAUCCUUUCAUGGGAUUGUCCUCUGCUAUUCACAUUAAACACGUUGCUGCUGAUCCAGAUGACCAAACUGGUGAAUCAGUUCUCGUUCUUAAAGGACCACAGGGAAGAAUUAACAGAGCAGUUUGGGGACCACUGAACAAGACAAUCAUAAGUGCUGGUGAAGAUUCAGUAAUUCGUAUCUGGGAUUCUGAGACUGGGAAGUUAUUGAAAGAGUCGGACAAGGAGGAUGGCCACAAAAAACCUAUCACAUCACUUUCAAAAGCGACAGAUGGUUCACAUUUUCUGACUGGUUCGUUGGAUAAAUCUGCCAAGCUUUGGGAUUCAAGGACAUUGACACUUAUGAAGACAUACGUGACAGAACGUCCAGUAAAUGCAGUUGCCAUGUCUCCACUUCUUGAUCAUGUUGUUCUUGGAGGUGGUCAAGAUGCAUCAUCUGUCACCACCACUGAUCAUCGUGCUGGAAAGUUUGAGGCAAAAUUCUAUGACAAGAUCCUUACAGAAGAAAUAGGAGGUGUGAAAGGCCAUUUUGGACCAAUAAACGCCUUGGCAUUUAAUCCCGAUGGAAGAAGUUUCUCAAGCGGAGGUGAAGACGGAUAUGUGAGGUUGCACCAUUUUGAUCAAGAUUACUUUAAUAUCAAGAUUUAAAGAUGAUGCAUUCGGGUUUUGUUAGUUUUAUGAUGAAAUUUUGGAAGAUUGGGGUCAUGAUAUUUCUGUUGGAGCCAAAAAAAUGUACAAGAUUUCACUCGGCAUAUAUUUCAUUCUCAAUCUGGAGUUCUAUUUAUUUAUUUAUUUAUUUCGAUGAA